AUGGCAGGAGACGCCGUCCUCGUCCUGGGUGCAACCGGCCCCUCAGGCAUUUGUGUGGUCCGCGAGCUGCUGCACCGCAACCACCGCACCAUCGCCUACGUCCGAAGCCCAGACAAGAUCCCAGACGACCUGAAAUCGAACCCGCUCCUUGAGAUAACCACGGGCGACAUCGAAUCCCCCCUCCUCCCACAAACCCUCGCCCGCACAAACCCAAGCACAAUCAUCUCCCUCCUCGGCCCGACCCCCUCCGCCCUGCUCACCACCCUGACCUCCCCCUUCGGCCCGCCCCUGCCCUACCCGGCCCACUACGCCGACCACAUCCUGCCCGCCAUGCGCGACCACGGCGUCGCGCGCAUCCUGGCGCUGUGCACCAUCUCGUAUGCGGCGCCCGACGACGAGUCGAACUGGACGCGGGCGGGGUUUCGUGGCUUGGUGAGGGUGGUGAUGCCGGCGGCGUAUCGGGCGAUGGUGGGUAUUGCGGGGGUGUUUAAGGGGGAGGUGGGCGGGUUGUUGGAGGGGGUGGAUUGGGUGUUGAUGAGGGUGCCUGGGUUGGUUGGGGGUGCGGAGGAGAUGGAGUGGCGCGUGGAUAGGGAGGUUGGGGGGGUGUAUGCUGGCGUGGUGGGGAGGGAGUGGACGGCGAAUGUGAAGAGGGGGAGGCUGGCGAGGUGGUGUGUGGAUUGGGUGGAGGGGGCGGUUACGGUUGGGGAGGGGGAGGGGGGACGAGGGAGGAUGCCGGCUGUUUCUGCGGCGAGAGGCUGA